AUGGUGGCUGCUGUGGCCGUGGUGGUGGCUGUGGCCGUGGCGGUGGUUGUGACCCGUUCUGUGGCGGUUGCGGUUCAGGCUGUUGCGGCUUUGGUGUCGGAGCCGGCUCUGGUUGAGGUGUGGGUGUCGGAGCCGGCUCUGGUUGAGGUGUUGGUGUCGGAGCCGGCUCUGGUUGAGGGGUUGGUGUCGGAGCCGGCUCUGGUUGAGGUGUUGGUGUCGGAGCCGGCUCUGGUUGAGGUGUUGGUGUCGGAGCCGGCUCUGGUUGAGGUGUUGGUGGCGGUGCCGGCUCUGGUUGAGGUGUGGGUGUCGGAGCCGGCUCUGGUUGAGGUGUUGGUGUCGGAGCCGGCUCUGGUUGAGGGGUUGGUGUCGGAGCCGGCUCUGGUUGAGGUGUGGGUGUCGGAGCCGGCUCUGGUUGAGGUGUUGGUGUCGGAGCCGGCUCUGGUUGAGGUGUUGGUGGCGGUGCCGGCUCUGGUUGAGGUGUGGGUGUCGGAGCCGGCUCUGGUUGAGGAGUGGGUGUCGGAGCCGGCUCUGGUUGAGGUGUUGGUGUCGGAGCCGGCUCUGGUUGAGGUAGUUGCGGUUGCUGUGGCACUGGCUGUGGCAUUGGGUCUUUUGGCUUAG